GCUCUUUCUUGGUGUCCAUGGCAACCAAACAUUCUUGCUAGUGGUGGAGGCACUGCUGACAGGCACAUUAGGAUAUGGAAUGUGAACACUGGAAGCAAUUUGUCCUCUGUUGAUGCUAAAUCUCAGGUAUGUGCUAUUUUAUGGUCAAAGGAGUAUAAAGAAUUGAUAUCAGGACAUGGCUUCUCACAAAAUCAGCUGUCCAUCUGGAAAUAUCCAGAUCUCACAAAAGUUACUGAUCUUGAAGGUCAUAAGGCUCGUGUCCUUAACCUAGCAAUGUCACCAGAUAACACUAUGGUUGCAAGUGCUGCUGCUGAUGAAACAAUACGUAUCUGGAAUUGCUUUGCUAGUGAUAAAACUAAGAAGAGUAUUUCUUCAAAACCAGGCAUACAGAAAACGGAGCAUGUUCUUCUCAAGGCAUCACAUAUCAGAUAAAACCAGAUUCUGUGGUUCAAACGAUUUAUGUAGAUAAAACAAAAAAUGCUUUGUGAAACACAUGAUCAAUAGUGCCGGUAUAACAAAGUAGAUACAUUGUAACUGUCCAUAAAAUUUGGACUUAACUGUCAGUGCUAAAAGAAACAUUUGAUUUGGCCAAAUUAAGGGCUUCUCAAAUAUUUUGUCUUAGGAAAAAAGUUGUCAGAACUUCACUAGUGAUUUGAUUUAGUCAAACAUUUCAGUGCAUAGUGAAAUAUUUUGCUAUGUUUAAAGCUUUAAGUGCUAUGCGACACACUUGGUUUGAAAUAAGUGCUUUUUUGUAAACAUAUCCUCUUAUCUGCCACGGAAUAUUUUAUCAAUACUCUAGUUUAUUAAAAAGUUCAUUAAACUCAAAUUUGAUUCAGAUAUAAAUAUAUUGUCUUUUAAAAAUUGUAUUACUAAGUUAUUUCUAAUUAUUACUUUGAAAUUUAGUAAUAUUUUCAGGGUCGUUUUUUUAAAUACUUUUGAAAUAACAAGGUUUUAUACUAUUUACUACAUUGGAUUUACACAUAAUGUACUUCAGAAUUGGAUUGUUUCUCCUAAUAUUUUGAAAGAAUAGUUUGAAAUUCUUUUCUUUCUUCAUGAGGUAGAGCAAGCAAAAGACCAGCAGGGAGUACAAGCAGUUUUGUAGGAAUACAAAGUAAUAUUUAAGACAUCACUGAAAUGUUAAUUAUCCUUGGCCUAUAUAAGAAGGAUAUUGUUCUAUCAUAUGCAGAUCUGAAUUUAUUAUUGAAGCGCACAUUUUGUCUUAUCUAUCACAUAAAAGGUUAUGAUUACUUACCUGGUAAAUAAUGCAAUAAAUACUGAAAUAAUAAAAA